CUCUGCUCUCUCUCUCUCUCUCUUAUCAACCAACCAUCCGCCAUGGCUGUACCCACGGCCUUCUCAUCACCUCGCACACAGUCUUCCCUAUAUCCUCUCUCUCGGUCUCAUCCAUCUCACCCUCCUCUCUGUCUCACCCCUCUCUUAUCUUCUCGCGCACUGUCAAUUUCCCCCACUUUCCAAACUCUCCCAAGAAUCCCAUUCCCUUCAAUUCGCUGCGCACAGAAAGAAGCUCCGCCUGACAUCAACCCCAAGCUUGGAGUCUCAGUAUACAAACCCAAGUCCUACGAAGUCAUUGUCACGGACGCCGCGAACUGUCUCGCUUUUGCUCUUGACGAAGGAAAGACCCGUGUCGAAAUCGAGUUUCCUCCCUUGCCUACCAGCAUUGCUUCUUAUAAGGGAUCAUCUGAUGAGUUUAUAGAUGCGAACAUUCAACUUGUCUUGGCUCUUGUUAGGAAACUACAAGAGAAACAGGAAACAAGAGCUUGCAUCGUAUUUCCAGAUCAGCCAGAAAAGCGUAGGGCCUCAAAGCUUUUUAAAGCAGCAUUUGACUCGAUCGAUGGUGUAACCAUUGCUUCCUUGGAUGAUGUACCGAGUGGUCCUGUCUCCACAUUCUUCAGAUCUUUAAGGAACACGCUGGAUUUUGAUUUUGAGGAUGAGAAUGAAGGUUGUUGGCAGUCUGACAAGCCUCCAUCGCUUUAUAUAUUCAUUAGCUGCAGCACACGUGAUCUUUCUACGAUAGAGAAGUUUGUGGACAAAUUUGCUACAUCAAUUCCCACCAUUCUUUUCAAUCUGGAACUUGAUACAUUGCGUGCUGACCUGGGCCUUGUAGGGUUUCCGGCCAAAGACUUGCACUAUCGAUUUCUUUCUCAAUUUACCCCAGUGUUCUACAUUCGAACAAGAGAAUACUCUAAGACAGUUGCAGUGGCACCUUACAUCGUGAACUAUAAUGGAGCAUUGUUUCGUCAAUACCCUGGGCCAUGGCAGGUAAUGCUGAAACAACAAGAUGGUUCUUAUGCUUGUGUAGCAGAGAGUGCAAAUCGCUUCACACUGGGCGAAACCAAGGAAGAACUGUUGAGGGUCCUUGGACUUCAGGAGGAGCAAGGAAGCUCACUUGAAUUUCUUCGAAGAGGUUACAAGACUGCCACUUGGUGGGAAGAAGAUGUUGAUUUGGAAUUAUCUUCUGCAUGGCGUAGUUGAGCAGCAGCAGCAGUGGAAACAUCAACAGGAAGUUCUUAGAAACAGAUACAUGGAGUACAGUAGAUCAGAGAUGCAAAGUGUCAGAGUCCAUAGACGCGGUUGGAGGGUUGAGCUAUUGUAUUCUCAUUAUUGUUUCUUCAAAUAUUUCAGUUUCUACUGGGUUAAAUCCUAUGUACUCCAUUUUCCUCACCAGUAUUCCUUUUUUGGGUUGGAGUGAAGAAAUUUGAAUGCUUGUGCCUUUUCAUUAUUCCAUGUAUAUUUUUCCCCACAUUAUUCCUUCUUUCGGUUGGAGUGGGGAGAAUUAGAAUACGAUUAUGGGUCACCUUCAUUCAUUGUUCAGGUAAACCUUUACCCCAUUG